CCUCGGUCGCCUUGGAGAGUUCAGUCCAGAGACGUGCUGAGAAAUAAACAUCAUUUCCGUGCCGUGUCGGGCGCCUGCCGCACGGUUAGGAGCUGCCCAGGUGACUGACUCAAGAGGGCUUGCACCGGGCAGCGGGGCGGCCCGAGGACGAGGGUUCCUGCUCCGCACCGUUCACCAGCCCGUCGGCCUGGGGCCCAGGCUUCCCCUCCCGGAGACUCGGGAUCCUUAUCCGCAAGGUGAAGUUAGUAAUAGCACCUAACUCAGGAUUGUUACGAAGGUUCUUAAUUUUCCACAAUGGGUGAGCCACAACAAGUGAGUGCCCUUCCACCACCUCCAAUGCAGUACAUCAAGGAGUAUACGGAUGAAAAUAUUCAGGAAGGCCUAGCUCCCAAGCCUCCACCUCCAAUAAAAGACAGCUAUAUGAUGUUUGGGAACCAGUUCCAGUGUGAUGAUCUUAUCAUCCGCCCUUUAGAAAGUCAGGGCAUCGAACGGCUUCAUCCUAUGCAGUUUGACCACAAGAAAGAACUGAGAAAACUCAAUAUGUCUAUCCUUAUUAAUUUCUUAGACCUCUUAGAUAUCUUGAUAAGGAGCCCUGGGAGUAUAAAACGAGAAGAGAAGCUGGAAGAUCUUAAGCUGCUUUUUGUACAUGUGCAUCAUCUCAUAAAUGAAUACCGACCCCACCAAGCAAGAGAGACCCUGAGGGUCAUGAUGGAGGUGCAGAAACGUCAACGCCUUGAAACAGCCGAGAGGUUUCAAAAGCAUCUGGAAAGAGUCAUUGAGAUGAUUCAGAAUUGCUUGGCUUCUUUGCCUGAUGAUUUGCCCCAUUCAGAAGCAGGGAUAAGAGUAAAGUCUGAACCAAUGGAUGCUGAUGAUAGCAACAAUUGUACUGGACAGAGUGAACAACAAAGAGAAAACUCAGGUCAUAGAAAAGACCAGAUUAUAGAGAAAGAUGCUGCCUUGUGUGUUCUAAUUGAUGAAAUGAAUGAAAGACCUUGAAGGACUUUUUGUUGUUGUUUUUCUUUUUUCCUUUCAGUAAAUAGUUCCAUAUAUUAGUUAAUUUGUUGUUGGAGAGUCUUAAAAGAGAUAUAACUGGGAGUUAUGCAAACAGCUUCACUCUCCAACUUUAUCAAUUAUGAGAUAUCACAGUCAGUAAUUUCAAUUUAUGGCAAGCAUAGGCAAAUGAGUAUGACUACAUUAAGAGUAAUUAACUUAAAAAGCAAAGUGCUGCUGUUGUGAGGAACAUUCCUGUUUUUGGAGUUGCACUAAUCGUUGAAGAUAAUCCUCAGUAAUAGCAAAUUUUCAUCCUCGAAAAGUAGAUUUGUCAUUUGCUUUAAGAAUGAUAAAUAAAGGAUAUCAAACUGUG